AUGCGUCAUCCAGUUGAUUCGUUAGCAUGGGAGAGAAUUGAUCAAAAAUGGCCUUGUUUUGCUUCAGAACCACGAAAUCUUAGACUUGGCCUUUCUUCUGAUGGAUUUAAUCCCUUUGGUGACCUAAGUUCUAGGUAUAGUUGUUGGCCAGUGAUACUAGUUAUAUAUAAUCUCCCUCCUUGGAUAUGCAUGUCUAAGGAAAAUUUAUUGUUGACUUUAUUAAUCCCAGGUCCCAAGCAACCUGGAAAUGAUAUAGAUGUGUAUCUAGAUCCACUAAUAGAAGAUUUAAAGGAGAUGUGGAAUAUUGGUGUUGAAGUAUAUGAUGCAUUUACCAAGUCCACAUUCAAUUUGAAAGCUGUGUUGAUGUGGACAAUUAAUGAUCUUCCGGCUUAUGGGAACUUAUCAGGAUAUCCUACGAAAGGCGAAGCAGCAUGUCUAGUAUGUGGUUUAUCCACAUGUGCAAAAUGGUUGACAUGUAGUAGAAAGUUUUCGUACAUGGGUCACGGAAGAUUUCUUGCACAUAAUCACCCUUAUCGGUCGAAAGAAGCUUGGUUUGAUGGAAAUAAGGAGUGUAGGCCUAGUCCUAAAAUAUUAACCGGUCAAGAAGUGGUGUGUUCAAUCAAGAAUAUUAGCAAUAAUUGGGGAAAAGCCGGAAAAAAAAGACAACUAAAAAAAUCAGAUUCUAAUUGGCCUUGGAAAAAAAAGUCAAUAUUCUUUGAACUACCAUAUUGGGAGACACUAUUUUUGCGUCAUAAUUUGGAUGUAAUGCACAUUGAGAAGAAUGUUUUCGAAAGUAUACUUGGAACUAUUUUGCAUGUGAAGGGAAAAUCAAAAGAUGGGUUAAAUUCUCGUAAGGAUUUAAUCAAUAUGGGUAUUCGAAAGGAUCUUCAUCCAGAAUUGAAAGGCAAUACAUGUUACCUCCCCGCUGCAUCAUAUAUGCUAUCCAAAAAAGAGAAAGAAUUAUUUUGUAAGAGGCUAUUUGAUUUAAGAUUACUUGAUGAGGACCAAGAACUACAAUUUUUCGACUGUGCAUUUUUCAACAAAAUCUGUCAAAGAGUCAUCGAUAAAAAUAAAUUAGAAAAACUUGAGGAGGAUGUUGAGGAGGAUGUUGUUGUGAUUUUGUGUAUGCUAGAAAGGUAUUUUCCUCCAUCCUUUUUUGACAUAAUGAUUCAUUUAACCAUCCACCUUGGGCAUGAGGUUCGUAUUGGUGGACCUGUGCAAUAUCAUUGGAUGUAUCCAUUUGAGAGGUUUAUGAAAAUACUUAAAGGAUAUGUGAGAAAUUGUUCAAGACCUGAGGACUGCAUAGCAGAGCAUUAUUUAGCUGAUGAAUGUAUGCAUUUUUGUAGUGUUUACAUGAAACAAGCAGCUGAAGUAGGUGUUCGACAUACUCGAAAUGAGGAUUUUGAGAAUGAAACAAUUAUUGAUGGACGUCCAAUUUCUGAAGGAAAGUCAAAGAUUUUGAGUCCAGAAAUGUUGAGGACGCAUAAAGAGGAGAUUAAGAAUUCAGACAGCCGUAUUGCCAAGAAUGAAUCCUUAUUACAAAUGAGACAUAUGGAGACUUUCACUUCAUGGUUUGCGGAGAAAGGCAAACAAGACAAUUGUAACAUGUCUAAUACAUUGAAAUGGCUUUCACGCCGGCCUCGGCCUAGAUAUGAUGUGAUAUCACAUUCUGAUUAUGUUAUGAAUGGACAUCGAUUUCAUACAACCGGUGUUUCUAUUGAAGCACAAACUAUUUGUCGAUCUAGCGUGAAGGAUAUAAGCCAUGUAGUUGGUAAAAUAUCUUAUUAUGGGGUUAUCAGAGACAUAAUUUUACUAAAUUAUCGUAGUUUUAAAGUUCCUUUGUUUCAUUGUGAUUGGGCAAAUAUAGAUAGUGGAGUCAAGAUUGAAGAAGGAUUUACAUUAGUAAAUCUUCAUAGAGGACAAUAUCAAUUUGAAAGAGAUCCAUUUAUUUUAGCAUCACAAGUAAAACAAGUUUUUUAUUUUAGAGAGAACGAUUCAUCUAGUUGGUAUAUUGUAUUAAAGGCACCUGCAAGAGGAUUUCAUGAGUUAGAAAAUUAUGAUGAGGAGGCUUAUACUCCAUCCACAUUAGAUACAUUAAGACUUGAUACGAUCGUUGAAGAUGAAAGUUAUGUAAGACAUGAUUGUGAGGGCAUUGAUAUUGAAUAUGGUAAUUGUAUAUCUUUAAUAUUCGUUCUUGCUCUGUUUUAA